CCGCAGCCGUCCGUCCCAGCCCCGCUCGGACGCAGGAGCGGAGCAGCAGAAGCGGCGUGUUAACGGUGAAAGGCUGCCCGCAGCCCGAGGGCUGCCCGCAGCGGGGCGGGGGGCUCCGGCCAUGGCUUUUACCAUGCUGCGUCCCAUGGCUGCCCGCGUGCUCUACCCCGACAUCGGCAUGCUGUCGGAGGACGAGGAGAACCGCAGCGAGAGCGACACGUCGGACCAGUCGUACGGCUGCUGCGAGGGCGCGGAGGCGAGGCGCAAGGUGCCCAGGAAGACGGGGCCCAUGGUGAUGGUGAAGCAGCGGCAGGCGGCCAACGCGCGUGAGCGGGACCGGACCCAGAGCGUCAACACCGCCUUCACGGCCCUGCGGACCCUCAUCCCCACCGAACCCGUGGAUCGGAAGCUGUCCAAGAUCGAAACGCUGCGCCUGGCCUCCAGCUACAUCUCGCACCUGGCCAACGUGCUGCUGCUGGGCGAGGGUUGCGAGGACGGGCAGCCCUGCUUCAGUGCCAUCUACGGGGCCAAGGGCGAUCUGGACAGCAAACAGCCUCGCAGCAUCUGCACCUUCUGCCUCAGCAACCAGCGGAAAGGGGGCGGCCGCAGGGACCUCGGGGGCAACUGCCUGAAGGUGAGGGGGGUGACCCCGCUGCGGGUGGCACGGAGAUGAGCCGGUGCCACCAGCACCCGCAGGAGAACGGCGGCAGAGCCUGUCACAGCCAGCCCCAGAGACCGCAGCGGGAGGGAGGGAGCUGCCCGCCAGCCGCAGGCGAUGGGGCACAGCAGGGUCGUGGGCUGGCACCGCACCGACGCCAGCACCGGCACCAGCACUGCGGCGAGAGGACGCUACUAGGGCUGGGAGAAGGGGUCCAGCACCCCUGGGAUGGUCCAAAGGGGUGGGCUGGGAUGAGCAGCCCGCACAUGGCCGGCGUCGAUGAGCUCGGGGGGGAUGGCGGCACAGCCCCGCAGGUGCUGUUGAUGCACGCGCAGCCACUUGGAAAAUAAACCUUAUUUUUCUGA